AUGCAAUUGAUCCACGCGAAACAUAUCGGCCGUGUUUGGCCCACACGGGCCAUUGCAACCUGUGCAAAAGCUGCACGAGCUUCCCCGGCCUUGGCUACACGACAGCACAACUUGUUCACGAGCCCGUAUCUCGCCCAGAACACGCAACGACGAAGCUAUGCAGACAUCAAGCUCGACUUCCCUGCUUUGGACAAGAAAUGGCGCCAGCAGUGGGAAGCUUCCAAGGUGUCCGUCUCCGAGGAUGACUCCAGCAAGCCCAGCAAAUAUGUCCUCCCAAUGUUCCCCUAUCCGUCCGGCACGUUGCACCUCGGCCACCUCCGUGUGUAUACAAUCGCCGAUGUCCUCGCUCGAUAUCACACGAUGCAAGGAUCCCGCGUUAUGCUGCCAAUGGGAUGGGACGCAUUCGGCCUUCCUGCCGAAAACGCUGCUAUCGAACGUGGAAUUGCCCCCGCAACGUGGACAAAGAGCAACAUUGCCAAGAUGAAGGAGCAGCUGGAGGUCAUGAACGGGAACUGGAACUGGGAGAGGGAACUGACCACUUGCGACCCGGACUUUUACAAGCAUACCCAGAAGAUUUUCCUGAUGAUGCUCGAACGUGGCUUAGCUUACCAGACCGAAGCCGAGGUCAACUACGACCCCGUUGAUAUGACGGUACUGGCGAAUGAGCAGGUUGACGCGAAUGGAUGCUCUUGGAGAUCGGGUGCCAAGGUCGAGAAGCGGCAGCUCAAGCAGUGGUUCUUCCGAAUUUCUGAGUUCAGAGAAGCCUUGCUAAAGGAUCUCGAUACCCUUGCCGAGAAUGAAGCCUGGCCCGAAAGAGUCUUGGCUAUGCAGAAAAACUGGCUCGGCAAGUCGACCGGCGCCAUCAUUAAAUUCCCCGUUAUGGCCAUGGGCCACGACAUCCAUGCAGGCAUCGAGGUCUUCACCACGCGGCCAGAUACGCUCUUCGGGGUUCAGUACGUCGCACUCGCCUCGACCCAUCCCAUUGUGUCCCAACUGGCGAAGGGUGACCCCGAGCUGCAGGCCUUUCUGGAUACUCUGCCAGGACUGCCUCGAGACUCCAAGGUGGGCUACAUGCUGCCGCACGUGAGGGCUAUUAACCCUCUGGCCUACCACGAGGAUACCCCCGACGAUACGAAGAAAUCCAUUCCGGUGUAUGUUGCGCCCUAUGUGCUAGGCGACUAUGGCGAAGGCGCCGUCAUGGGUGUCCCAGGCCAUGACCUGAGAGACAACGCCUUCUGGAAGGAACACCACUAUGACGAACCCGUAAGGUUCGUGCUUGCGGCGUCGGAAGACGAAUCAACGUCGGCGAUGGCGAACGACCCGUUUGUGGAGCAUGGUAUCAUGACAGCCAAUAGCGGGCCCUUCAAGGGAAAGUCCUCCGAGCAGGCAGGUCAAAUUCUCAUCUCCAUGCUUGAGGGGGCGGAGCUAGCCAAGCCGAUUGAGAAGUGGAGGUUAAGAGACUGGCUGAUCAGUCGCCAACGAUACUGGGGAACGCCGAUUCCGGUCAUCCACUGCAGCUCUUGCGGCCCGGUUCCUGUCCCGGAUGACCAGUUGCCAGUUACAUUGCCCGACGUUGGCGAUCACUGGACAAACGGUAAGGUCGGUAACCCCUUGGAGAGGGCUGAGGAAUGGGUCAAUACCAGUUGUCCCAAGUGCGGUGGCCACGCCAAGCGCGACACCGAUACCAUGGAUACCUUUGUGGACUCAAGUUGGUACUACGCGCGCUUCGCGGACCCUCACAACGCAUCAGAGCCCCUAUCUGCCGAAGCUGCAAAGACUCUACCUGUAGACCUUUAUAUUGGUGGCAUCGAGCACGCCAUCCUGCACCUGCUCUACGCCAGGUUCAUCUACAAGUUCCUAGCUACAACACCCUUGUUCCCUAGCUCGGGCGAAGCCGUCGCUGUUCAAGAGCCCUUCAAAAGACUCAUUACGCAAGGCAUGGUGCACGGCAAAACAUACACUGACCCGAAGUCAGGAAGGUUCUUGAAGCCGAAUGAGAUCGAUUUGAGCGAUCCGUCAAACCCCAAGGUUGUAGCUACAGGAGCUACGGCAAAUCUGUCGUUCGAGAAGAUGUCCAAGUCCAAGUACAAUGGAGUUGAUCCCACCGAGUUCAUCUCCAAGUACGGCGCCGAUGCGACGAGAGCUCACAUUCUCUUCCAGGCGCCUGUAAGCGACAUCCUUAACUGGGACGAGGACAAGAUCGCCGGUGUGACACGUUGGCUCCACAGGCUGCAUGACCACGCAGUCAAGAUUCAGAAGAUGCCCAGCGAGGGGGGGUCUGUCGCGGCACACCUUGAGGAGCGGUCAAGCAAUCUGUCGUCUCUAACCGACAGAGAGCUGGCUGCUUGGGAUGCCGACGCUGCCAUCUGGCGAGCCACCCAGGACACCAUCGAAUCAAUCACUCAAUCAUACGAGGGUGUUUACUCUAUGAACACCAUCAUUUCAGACCUCAUGGGUCUGACAAACACUCUUUUGGAGAAUGUGGGAGCCAGCGCGCUCAUUCAGAGAGAGGCCAUGUCCGUCCUCCUUCGGAUGAUGGCCCCCGUUGCGCCCGCGAUUGCCGAAGAGUGCUGGAGCCUUCUUCACCCCAACUCCGGCUCCAUCUUCGAAUCCGCCACUUUCCCUGCCAAGGAUAACACCGCUUCCUUACUGAAGCCUCGCACGCAGCCCCUGGCUAUCCAGAUCAACGGCAAGCUGCGCGGUGUCGUCGAGGUCCCUAACCCCCCUUCGGGUCUGGAGGGUGAUGCGUUGCGGGAGUGGAUGGUGAACGAAGUUAUGAAGUCGGAUGAGGGUAAGGCCAAGUUUUAUGGGGGCCAGUUCGACGUUACAUCGCCGAAGAGGGUCAUCCUGGCUCGUGGUGGUAAGACCAUCAACUUUGUAGUCUAG